AACUGGUAACUCAGCCAUGUAGUCACAAAAAGUGACAACACGUACUUAGUUUUUGAUUUAGUAAUAAAAUAUUUUAAUAAAUUAAUUUAAUAUACAUACGUAACAUUUAAAUAUUCGUAAUAUUAUAUAGUGCGUAGUAUAUUUUUAUUUAUUUACCAUGCCAUCAAGCGAUAGUGAAGACUUUGAGAGUGCGGACGAGGGACAAAGUUAUGAAAAAAAGGAUCGUAAAAAGAGAUUAUCCUCUUCAAAUUACAGUGACAAUGCGUUAGAGUCUGACCAAAAUGUAGCAAAAAGUGCAGCACAAUCCAGCAAUGUUGGAAAACCAGCGGAUAAACAACAAGAUGCAGAUGGAUGGGAUGAUUUUGACAUAGAUGACGAUGAUACAAAUAUUGCAACUGCUUCUGACAGAAAUGACAAUAAAAGUAAGAGUAGUGUAAGUACGAAACCUGCAGUAAAGGAGAGUAACACUGGAUGGGAUGACUUCGAUGAUUGGGGCCAAGAUGAUGGGUAUAGCAAUGCUCCGAGAGAACCUGCAAAACCAAAGCUAGCCGAGCUGGAUGCGGAACUAAAUGCAAUUAAAGAUAAAAUGGCGCCUACACCUGCGCCUGCGCCUGCUCCCACUGGUGGUGGGUGGGGAUGGAGCAUGCAUUCACUGCUCAACACUGCUACAGCUGGCAUUACAACACUAACUAGUCAAGUGUCUCAGGGUAUAACAACAGUCCUAGAGACAGGAAUUGGGGCACCCGAGCCCGAAGAACUAGCUAGGAAAGCGAGUCAGAUUAAAGAAAGCAAACCAAGUAGUUCCUCUAACUCUCCUAGCGUUGAACAAUUACCAGAGAGUGCUAGUGCUCAGUCCAAAGAUGGUGACGGUGCUUACUUGCCAUUCGGUAAUUUGAUUUCAGGUGUUACCAAAUUCGUUGAGACUACGGGUCCCAAAGUGAUAUCAGGUGGUCUAGACACAUUAGAAACAAUAGGUAAAAAGACAAUGGAGAUCUUACAAGAUGGAGAUCCAGGUUUGGUUAAAAAGAGAGCCAUGCUCGGUCUAAGUUCUGAAGAUAAACCGGUCUUAUCCCAAGUCCUGAGAGAAGCAAGAGAGAAGGCAGAACAGGAGGAAGAUAAGACAGAAGGAGUGGUAGAAGAGAAGAGAGUUGUUGAAGUUGUUAAUUAUGAAAAUCUGUUUAAUGAUUUUGACGGUCCCGUGUAUUUAGAAGCGCUGAAGCUGUUAUCUUCUCAAACAAGCAUGCGUAUCGAAGAACAGAAACGAACCUUGGACGCCGCCAACCGACAAGCCAUGGAGGAAACGUUAGAAAUGGUUGUAGAAAUCUACGAAUUACCAGAGAAAGAGGAAGAUGAAGACGACGAGCCGUCUCCAGAAGGGUCCAAGCUGGACGCGUUCCACGAACGGCUGCAGGCCGCCACGCAGGACCUCAGCAUCAAACUGCAGUUCCAGCCUGUUGUCAAACAAUACAAAGAAGUGCUAGACUGGCUUUCAAACACUGAAGACGUCACAGUAGAUGUUAUAUACAAACAGGCGGUAUCUUCGCUAGCGCAAGCUACAUCUCUGUCCAUGCACUUGUACCACAAGACGAGCGAGUUGAUAUUAGCAAGCAAGAUACGGUCCACUGUCGACGAGUCUACCGCGUUAUCACAAUUAACCGUAGUCUUGAGGAAGCAUAUAAGCGACUUGGCCGCGCAGUUCGCAGAGAAACUCAACUCAAUAUCUGCGGACAAUAAACAGCAAGUCAACGAAUACAUUACCAAUAUAUUUUUAGAGGCGGGUAACAGCUCCACGUAUUUAGAAACCGCAUUCCAGCUAGCCCUGCCCAUAAUUCAGAUAGGAGCAAUUUAAAUAAUCUCGACGAGUAUUCGAAUAUAUAUAAGAAUAAAGUGUACGGGAAUUAUAUUAAAAAAAAUAUAUUUACGAAUGUAGUAUCCAAACGAUGUUAUUUGUAUCUUCUGAGAUAUCUCAGGAAGUGUAGAAAUGUAAAGAUCAGGAAGGACGAAAUUGUUCGUUUAAAAAUCAUAUUAUGUAAGGUGUAAAGUACUUCGCCAAUGGCAUCUCAGAUUCCUGCUUAUUUACUUAAAAAUACCACAAGCUUCCAAAACUCUUUAUUCCUACUUACAGUGACGAAAGGCACCAAUCACUCCUCUUCAAAAAAAAAUAUAGCUUUGGCAAGAUUACCUGCACAAUAUCAGAAAGCAUUAUACCCAGUGUAACUACUGGACAUAAUAAGACUUAACAUCUCUUGUCUCAGGACGAGCGCAGUGGAAUACCAAACAAUACUUUGUAAUUCAAGGUGUUGGAUGGUGUUUCUACUGUUUAUGGGCGGUCGUAUCGCUUACCAUCAGGCGAACGGCAAGCUCGUCUAGUCAUUCAAAGCAAAAAGUAAGUCGAUGUCGAAUUUUGAUGUUCGUGGUUGAUCGAGAGACCAUUGCGUCAGUCAGAUGUUCGUCUCUCAACCAAUCAAUAAAACACGAGUCAUUUCGGGUUUUUUGCUACAUUUCAAGCACAUUGGAUAUAUUUGCCACUGCGAGCAAUCGUCUCUUUUCAUAAAAAAAAUAUGUAACCUCAACUGUCGGUAAUAUUGCGAAAAUCUUACAAAUGCUCUAUUUUGAGGCAAUUCCAAGCACACUGGAUAUAUUUAUUACUAGGCGAGCAAUCGUCUCUUGUUCAUAAAAAAAUAGGUAACUUCAACUGUCGGUAAUAUUGCGAAAAUCUUACAAACGCUAUAUUAUUUUGGGGCAAUUCCAAGCCCACUGGAGGUAUUUCCCACUAGAUGAGCAAUCGUCUCUUUUUCAUAAAAAAUAAGGAACCUCAACUAUCGGUAAUAUUGCGGAAAUCUUACAAACGCUCUAUUUUGGGGCAAUUCCAAGAACACUGGAUAUAUUUCCCACUAGGAGAGCAAUCGUCUCUUUUUCAUAAAAAAAAAUAUGUAACCUCAAGUGUUGAUAAUAUUGCGAAAAUCUUUUAAACGCUCUAUUAUUUUGGGGCAAUUCAAAGCACAUAUAAUUUACUACUACACAAUAAAUCGUAUCUUUUUCAUAAAAAAAAUAUGUAACCUCUACUGUCGGUAAUAUUGCGAAAAUCUUACAAACGCCCUAUUUUCGAGCAAUUCCAAGCGCAAAAGAUAUGUUUACUUCUAGGUGAGCAAUCGUCUCUUGUUCAUAAAAAAAAAUAUCUAACCUCAACUGUCGGUAAUAUUGCGAAAAUCUUAUCAACCCACUACUUUUUCGGGGUAAAUUCAUUUUUUACAAUUAUGUAUAUAGUUAUGUUUGAUAUAUCGGCUUAAAUAAUACUAUAGAACUUGUAUAUUGUAUUUUUCUCGGAGCAAUUUCAUAUCAUUUUAGUUAAUUAUAUAUUGAAUGUUAACCACGGUACUAAAGUUUAACAAUGUUCAAAUUUGAUGUGAAUAAAUAUUAUUUUUAUGAAAACUA